AUGAAUGACGAAAACAUGUCACCCUUUCUCCCUCAAUCCGACAUCUCCCUCUCUCUUCAGCCGAACGAGCCGCCAUCUUCUCCCCUGGUCUCCAAUAGCUUCCUCUACAACCUGCCAGAUCCCACCUUGGGUAUACCUACCACGUCAACCGCAUCCGGCAGCCUCGACGUCCUCCCCAGCCCCUACAAGCGUUCGGCCAUCGCCUCCCUCAACAAACCCCUCUCUCAUGAGCAGGCUCAGCAGCUCCAGUCACUCCGUGCUGCUCAAGUCGUUCCUACAUCAGCACUUUCGCUCAGUUCACGCAGCACAAGCCGUCUUCCAGCAAACCUCGAUGCUCCCGGCGGUCUUCCUACUCCGCCGAGCUCGUCUGAGGCUUUGACCACCACACCGCGCGCCCCGAAUCAGGCUCUCUCCGCCCUGCCACGCGAACCCGUUUCGCCAUCUCCUUCUCGCACUCGUACCGCAGUCCUCUCUCCAGCUCGCGCUUCUCCGUCCAGGCCCUCUCGCUCAGCAUCUACACCUCGCUCAGCCCUGCGAAGCUCCUCCUCCAGACGCACGCUGGGCGCCGACGGCGACUCGAACAGCGAUGACGAAGAUGGCAACUUUCUCAGAUCUUCCGACGAUCAUACACCAAAGCGCAUGCAACCUCUCCGGGAGCUCGACGAGGCUAGCGGUGAGGAUCAAGACGAUGACGACGAGGAUGAUGAAGAGGAGGACGAGAUCAAACUCAUCAGCUUCACUCGACGCGGUCCUGACGCUACUUUCCUCCGCGAGAUCAAGGAGAAUGGCUGGGACCAGCCCAUGCCUCCUAGCCCCAUCAAGUUCACCUACCUCGAGCCAGCCGCUCCUCGACCACCACGUCAGUCGUCGGUGGGCGCACGUGCGCGCUCCCAAUCUCGAUCAAAGACACCUCAGAUCCGCGCUUCUCCCGCACCCAGUCACGCUUCCACGUCUAGAGCUUCACAGCCGUCCCGGUCCGUACGUGCUUCGUCGGUCGCCGCCACUGCUGCUGCUGACGACACCAACGAUGCUUCCGACGAGUCCAUCAAGAGCUCGGGCACAGCUCUUACCCACGCAAGCAGGGUGUCGCAAGCACGAUCCAUCAAGUCGUCAGCCAGCCGCAGAUCCGCAAGGUCGUCCGUCGCCCCACCCGUGGUCGUUGCCGACCUGACACGCGACCAUCCUUCGCUGCCCGAUUCGCCUGGCGACGACCCUCUUUUGCUCGUUGGCCCCGACACCUACAUCGUCUAUCACGAUCAGACACCGAGCGCCAAGAACAGAUCGACGGCUCGCGCUUCCAAGGCUGCGACUGCACAUGCGGAUGCAAGUGUAUCGACGUUGAGUCAUUCUACUCCUCUGCCUGUCGCAGCUGAUGCCGCAGGUAAAGCCGCGUCUGAACGCAGAGAAAGCAAUGCAUCUUUGUCUUCGUCAGCCAGCCGGAGCUCCCUGUACACGCGCAUGUCUGGUCGACAGCCUGUCAACGCGGAUGUUGGAGCACUCGACAACGAAGACGAUCAGGACGACGAGGAGAGUCGACGCACCGAGAACGCCAACGCAACCCAGACGUGGGCCGACGGUAUGGAUGAAGCGGAGCAGCAGCACGGCCAAGACGGUGCAGUGUUCCUGCCCUUCGAUGAUGCGGGCUUUGCGUCCGACUCGGAUCAAGAUGAAGCCGAUCCUCUCGAACCGCCCGCCUCUCCACCGGCGCAGGGUGCCGACCAAGAUCUCGACGAUAUGGCAUCUAUGAGCGAUGUUUCGCGAAGCUUUGCAGACGACUCGGCCGCCCAUCACAGGUCCGAAAUCACAGGUCCCGUCGAUGUGUCGGCCGCCGACUCCUCCCUGGAGCAGGACGACAGUGCCAUUGUCGACCAGAGUUUGCACGUCGGCUUCGUGGAUCAGAGCAUGGACGAAAGCGCCCAGGACGAAAGCCACGACUCGAUCGCCGAUGAUUCGCGAGGAGGUGAUCAGACCAUGGACAAAAGUGCAGCAGAAACGAGCGCAGACAUCAGCGAGAACGUCACCAAUGAUGCUGCUGAAGAGGGCGGUGAGGAGGAUAGCCAAGAUGCGAGUAGAGCCUUCGACACCAGCCAGCCAUCGUUGACUGCCAGCGUCCGCGACGUUUCUGCUGAUGUCGAAGCGGUAGAGGACAGCGCGGAUAUCAGCGCAGCUGUCGAUCGUUCCGUCGAUGUCAGCCUCGACGACCAGCCUACGGAUGUUACGGCGGACGACUCUUCGGCCUCGCUCCGCAACGGGGGACAGAAUAUGGACGUCAGCGAAUCGAUCGAGGACGUGUCUAUGGCCGUCUCUGAUGCUGUUCAGGUGGACGAGACUCAGGAUGACUCCGAGGUCGCGGACAAUACCGACGAUACCAACGAAGGUGGAGCUGGAGAGACCUCAGUCCUGGCUGAUGCCACCGUAGACUCUGAAGCAGCUCAGUCGUCCGACCUGAGCUCGUUAUCGAGCGCUCUCAGCGAGGGCAGGGAGCACGGGGACGAAUCUCAAGCAGUCGAUGCGGCAGAUGAUUCCCAAGGUGCUGGUCCUCUCGAGCACGACCUCACCAAUGGAACCUCUGACCAAGACGAGAGCAUGGUCGCUGAUCCACAAGCAGCGGCUGACGACUCGAUUGUCGACAUCAGCCGGCUCGCAAACGAUCAGGCUCCAUCCACCGCAGCACCGCUCCUCGACGGAUCGCUCCUGCCAAAGCCGAUCGUCCUCCUCGACACUUUACCCGCAGACUCGAGCGCCAUCAUAUCCUGGAAAGCGCAUCAGCUCAAGACCAACUCCUCCACCUCUAACCACGAUGUCUCCACCGCGUCCACGUUCGACAUUGACAUCUCGGUUCGGAAUCCCGACUCUACAGCGGAUGCGAGUGUAUCGAUGGUGGAUCGAGAGGGAGAGAUGCCGCGGUCGGAGUCGAUGGCUUCGGUGGCUUCGGUGCUGUCCAGCGUGUCUUUGGUCGAUGCGGUUGGGGAUGAGGACGAAGAAGCGAUCAGACGGAAAUAUCAGAGCAGUCGUGAGUCGGCGGCCGCACGCAGGAUCACGCUGUCUCGCAGGCUCUCGCUGAGUACGGAUUCGGAGCACGAGAGUGAUGCCGAAGAGGAAGACGGGGAGGAUUUGCAAGACGCAGAGCAAAGCUCUCUUCAGGGCAUAACUGCAAUGCGUAGUCGCGUGGACAGUCAGGCUGGGCAGGACGAAGAGGAUGAUGUGGAAGAAGACGAUGACGAGGAGGAGGAGGAGGAGGAGGAUCUGGAUGAUGCAGAGUCUGCGAUCAGCGAUGAGGCUGCUUCGAGCGAAGAGGAGCAGGACAGCGAAGAGGCUUCGGAAGAGGAAUCGGACGACCUCAGCUCAGGCGAAGAAGACGAUGUCGACGAAGAUGCAAGUUCGCAACUGGACCAACACGAGCACAGCGCAUCCCUCUUAGAUCCUGUCGUCAUCAUCUCUUCCUCCGCCUCUCCCUCCGCUGCCUCCACCGCUUCCCUCCCUUCCAACGAUGACGCAGAAGCGGACGAGUCGUACGUCAUCUCGGUCGUGCGAGAUCCCCGCGAUCGAUCCAUCAACCUUAGCGAGCACAGCGUCCUCCCCGACUCCCCGCACAUCCACACCCUGCACCUCCGACAACCUGGCCUCGACGACACCCGACCCACCAGCACCACCCUCGGCGGUGACACCUCUCACUCCCGCAGCCGAGUGCUCAAGCUCACCCAAGCGACCUCCACACCCAUCGUCGAGAUCUCCUCGCUCGACCCGCGAGCAGCCGCUAGGGCGACGGCCAUCCUCAAGCUGUUCCACAAGUACGUUGACGAAGGGUGGAUUUCCGGUGGGCUGGAGAUGGGUGAAACUACGCGGGGUAGGUUGGGACGGGUGGUGGAGGCGAUUGAACGAGCUGAUUUGGAAGGAGAAGAGGAUCUGACGCGGUUGUUGAUGGAUGCAGAGUUGGAGCUGGCCAGGCCUGCGGAGGAGGAGGAGAGUUUUCUGGGUUCGAGAGCGACCAGCGUCGUGGGGGGCGAGCCGAGCACGCCGUUCUUACCAGGGGGUUUUAGAGCUACACCCGCCGCGAAGGGUGGUAAGCGGACGAGCUUCGGGUUUCCUGGUCUGGCGACUCCAGAUGGAAGCAAUAGAUCGGUGGCGAGACAGGCGAGGCUGUCGGCUGCACUCGCACCUCCCUCCGCCUCGGCGUUCGACCCGCGCGUCUGGGAUACCCAGGACUGGGUGCGUCUCGACAAGUACUUCACGCUGGGUGUUAGGAAGAUCUCCAGCUCGCUCAUCGCCUCCCACCCCUCGAGCGGCGACUCACGAGCCGCGAAAGCGAGGUGCUACGUCGAAGCCUUACAGGGAUUAGACGUCGUCGAGGUCUCCAACAUGUUUUUCACCGAGAUGGGGGUAGCCGAGGGGGCAAGGGUGGAUGAAUGGGCGGUGGAGAAGGUAGAGUGCAGGGUGGGGGUGUUGCAGAGAAAGUAUCUGAGAAAGGUCGAGAGUAAGUACGCGGGGGUUGUUGGGGAAAGACUCGGGGAGGAAGGGGAGGAGAGCUUGCCCACAGGAGAUCUGGACUGGUCCUUAACAGCGGCGGAUAGCACCACCACUGUUGCUGCCGGGGAGAGGAGGGGUCGGGUUUCGUUCGGUACGCCGUACCGUAUGGGUGCGCACAGCACUCCCGCUGUAGGCUUGCUCAGAAAAGCCACGGCGACAGCUGCGGAGAAGCAGGGCAGGUUGUACCCCACCCUACCGACGUCGACUUUGACAGACACUACGGCGGAGACAGAGGCAGAGGGUGUGAUGGGUAGAGCCUCGAAACUCAUCUCUCGGAUCAGCGGGAGUUUCGGUGGACUGCUGGCUAGUCCGCGCGUUUCGGAGGGGAAGAGGAAGGCGAGCGAGGCGCAGUUGGAUGCGUCUUCCGCGUGCGAGACGAGAAGGAGAAGGGUGGAUGACAGUGAGGAGGAGGAGGAGGAGAGUUCAGAGACGCAUUCUGCGCUGUUCGCAUCGGGACGAGGUGCAAGCACGAUCAACGCAUCCAUGUUCACCGAAGCCACGUCUGUCGCGGACACCUCCCACCGACCUACCAGCAAGUCUAGCGCGGUUCGACCAACACCCAUCCAUCCACGAUCUCAACCCUCCUCCUCCUCCUCCUCCUCCACUUUGACUCGACCGCUUCCCAGCACCAACACCAGCAGCACUACACGUCCGAUGGCAUCCGCACCGCCCAGCAGAAGCCACACCUUCACCUCGUCGCGACAAUUAGCCGGAGGAUCCUCCGGAGUGUCGCACACGCCGCUGUCUCUGCUCUCGCCGGCGACGCAUCGGGUAGCUGCGCGCAAGGUGGACGAGUUGCGGCAGAGCAGGGCACAACGAAACUGGACUAGUCCCCGUCGACAGCUGACCAUGGCCCGAACACGCAACACAGUGGGAGGAGUGCGAGAUACGAGGGAGGUGAGACAUCCAAGAGGCGGCGAUAGCAGUGGUGGGGAUGGGAGUGGAGCGUCAUCGUCGUCGUUGUCGUCGGAUGGGAGUUUGUCGUUGGCAGAGAUUGUGAUGUCGAGUGCUGCGAGGGAUGCUGUGAGGGGGAACAGAAGACGGGGGUGA